AUGGCAUCAGCAGUGCCUCUCGAUACAGGCAACAAGCCUGCUACUUCCACUACGGACUCUCCUUCAACCACACCAGAAGAGGUCAUGGAGAACUCUGUCGUGCCCCAGGAGAGAACGCCGACCGCCGCCGCUGCUGCUACUGCUGCCACUCCAGCAGUUCAGAUCGACCCUAAUUUUGAUGCAGUAGAAUUUUUCAAGGAGGAAUUGCAGAAUGAAGACUCCUGUGAAAGGGCUAAGUGCGCCAGAAGGGUGCAUCUUAUAGCAAGUCAUAUCGGACCUCAGAAGACCGUAUCGAUGUUG